UGUAAAGAUCGCAAAACAUCGCAGUCAAGAAGUUUGAUGAAUUGUUUGGAAAUAUUGCGGCUUAGUUGAUUCGCAGCUUUCGACCGAUCAUCAUCAAGACUAGAUAGUCUGGUGUUUUUUGUUUUAUUUGUUCGCCAACCGUUAGAUUUUUAUUCGAUUUUUUUCGGAAUAUGAACCUAUCGAGAUGGUACAAAAAAGGAUGUCCAUUUUGAUCGGUUUGCUCUCGAUCGCGAUCGUCGCCAUCGGAUUGAUUCAGGCCGGGGUAGUUCGACGAGAAACUUCCAACGCCCUGGUUGCGGACCAUGAGGCAACGGCCAGGGCAGCCUUGGAGCAGGCUGAGUUGCGGGUUCAACUGGCCAGAGCCAAGCAAAGUUUGGCGGCCUGGGCCUACGGUUCCAAUCUCACGGAAUACAACCUAAUCAAAAAGACCCAGGCAUCGGCUGAAUUUGCUGAGCUGGCCAAGACGGUGGCUGAGGAGCUGAAACAAAUCGAUUUUCAAGCACUGAGAAAUGACGACCUGAAACGACGUUUCACUAAACUAACUCGGCUGGACUAUGCUGCCCUUCCGGAAGAGAAAUUCAAAGAGCUACUCCAGGCGGUUGCAAGCAUGGAGUCUAACUAUGCCAAGAUCAAAAUCUGUUCGUAUAAGGACAAAACCAACUGCCAUUUUGCUCUGGAUCCCGAAAUAACGGAAAUUUUGGGUACAAGCAAUGAUCCCAAAGAGUUGGAAUACUACUGGACUCAAUGGCACGAAAAGGCCGGUAAACCCGCCAAAGAAGCAUUCCAAAAAUAUGUGGAUCUAAACAAAGAGUCUGCCAUCUUAAAUGGAUUUAAUAAUGGCGCCGAGGUUUGGCUCAAUGAGUACGAUGAUCCCAGCUUUGAACAGCAGGUUGAGGAUGUUAUCGUCCAAAUAAGACCUCUGUACGAACAAAUCCACGCCUACGUACGGUUCAAGUUGCGUCAAAAGUACGGACCGGCGAUCGUUUCGGAAAAUGGACCCAUUCCGAUUCAUCUGUUGGGUAACAUGUGGGGACAAACUUGGGAAGGGAUUGCAGAUAUAACGACACCGUUUCCGGAGAAAAAAUUAAUCGACGUUACCGAUGAGAUGAUCAAGCAGGGCUACAAUCCGCUGAAGAUGUUCAAAAUGGGUGAUGACUUCUUCCAGUCACUGAAUAUGACCAAACUUCCACAGUGAGUAUGAAUCUGUUUUAGUUUUGU